CUCAGCCCAUGCUGCCUGGCUGCUGGAGCGCGCAGAAGGAUGCACAGCUCUUCAGCGCAACUUCGGCGCUCAGCAACUUGGAUUUCCCACCAGUGCCUCCUCAAGGCUUCUGAGACUGCUCAGCCAUGCAGGGCUCACCCCAAAGGCGUUCAGCAGUCAGCAUUUUUAGCAACUUUUUCCAGGGUCGGAGGCAUUCUUCCUCUGAUCCCCUGCUCCGCAUGAUCCAGAGGCGCCGGAGCUCGGUGGUGGAGGUCCUCUCCUCCUCGACGCGCCGGGUGAUGGUGGCGGUGUCGUCCCUGAGUCCCGAGGAGCUGGAUGCAAGUUUGCCUGAAAAAAAAAGAGGCUCCAGGCGGCCGACAGCAAAAUACACCAAAGUAGGGGAGCGCCUUCGCCAUGUGAUUCCUGGGCACAUGCAGUGCUCCAUGGCCUGUGGUGGACGUGCCUGCAAGUAUGAGAACCCAGCUCGAUGGAGUGACCAGGAGCAAGCCAUUAAAGGGCUCUACUCAUCUUGGAUAACAGAUAACAUACUGGCUAUGGCUCGACCCUCAACAGAAUUAAUUGAGAAGUACAACAUUAUUGAGCAGUUUGAAAGAUGUGGCAUAAAGACUGUAAUUAACCUUCAGCGCCCUGGGGAGCACGCGAGCUGCGGGAACCCGCUGGAACAGGAAAGCGGCUUCACCUACCUGCCUGAGGCUUUUAUGGGGGCUGGAAUUUAUUUUUACAAUUUUGGAUGGAAGGAUUAUGGAGUGGCCUCUCUCACUACCAUACUUGACAUGGUAAAAGUCAUGGCCUUUGCCCUGCAGGAAGGGAGGGUGGCUGUGCACUGCCACGCGGGACUCGGUCGGACAGGGGUUCUCAUAGCUUGCUACCUGGUUUUUGCAACAAGAAUGAGUGCUGAUCAAGCCAUUCUCUUUGUCAGAGCAAAAAGGCCUAAUUCCAUUCAGACUCGAGGGCAGCUGCUGUGCAUCAGAGAAUUCACUCAGUUCUUGGUUCCUCUCAGAAACGUCUUUGCGUGCUGUGAGCCCAAGGCACACACUGUGACGCUGGCCCAGUACCUGACCCGGCAGAGGCACCUGCUUCACGGUUACGAGAGCAGGCACCUCAAACAUGUGCCAAAGCUCAUCCACCUCGUCUGCAAACUGCUGCUAGACUUGGCUGAAAACAGACAGGUGGUGGAGGCAGAGCUGUUGGAGAUCCCAGACCUCUCAGCUGAGAUUGAAGAGACUGUUUCUCACUUGGUGUCCACGCAGCUGGACAGAGAAUUUGCAAGGCAGGACAGCGAUACCUCUGAGUCCUCCCACAACCACUCCUCCACUUUUGAGACCCAAGACAGUCCUUAUUCACUGGGACACGAAUGUGAUCCUCUUUGGAAAAGAAGGAAUGUGGAAUGCCUUCAGCCUCUGACUCAUCUGAGAAGGCGUCUAAGCUACAGUGAGUCAGACUUAAGGAGAACUGAGUUUCUUGUAGAGCAAGGGGAAACUGCAUGGACUGUACCUGCUCACAUACUGCUGUGCAACAAGCUGAAGGAGACCAGUGGUGAGGAAAGUUCUGCCACAGGAGAGCAAAAGCCCCGGGUGGAGCUAAACAAGGAGAUGUUGGUGCGGAACACCUGCAUGUUCUGGAGCCAAGGGAGGUUUAACCUGGAUGGCCGAAAAGGUGAAUCCUCCCUUUAUUGUAGGAGAAACUCUACCAAAGAAGUACAACGCAGCAGGACCUUUGCUUCAGGGCUAGCAUCUCUCUCAAAGGCCAGGGAACCUGGAACCCCAAGGUAUCACUUCAGCAAUGAGAUUGGUCACCGAAAAGAGCACAAGACUUAUGGGUAUGGCAGAGGAGGGUUUACCUCCGAGGACUCUGACUCCUCUUCUUCUUCUAAAGUAAACUUUUCCAUUGGAUAUGAAAGCCAAGGUAGCAGAGAUGUGUCAGAGACAAUUCCACACAUUGUUCUGCAAUCAGAAUUAAGUUUGGAAGCCCGGAGAGUUUUGGCAGCAAAAGCACUUGCAGACAUAAAUGAAUUUCUGGGAGAGGAUGAAGUGAAGGAGAAGGUAGAAAUGUGGCAGAAAGAACUGAAUUCUCGAGAUGGAGCUUGGGAUAAAAUCUGUACUGAGAGAGAUCCUUUUAUCCUCUGUAGCUUGAUGUGGUCCUGGAUAGAGCAGCUGAAGGAACCUAUUAUACCCAAAGAUGAUAUUGAUCUGCUGGCAAAAAAUUGCACAGAAUCCCAGGAUGCUCUUUACUUACUGAGAAAGGAACAGUGUCAGACCAUCCUUUGCAUUUUACACUGUGUGGUGAACUUGCAGAUGCUGCCAGCUGAUGUGGAGGAGGCCUUACUUGCUCGUGCUAUUAAAGCUUUCACUAAGACCAGCAUGGAUUCUGAAAAUGGACCAUAUGUUUACAGUACCUUGAAAAAAGUAUUUAAACAAACACUGGAAGAGAAAAGAAAAAGGCUGAAGGAAGGAACAGAGAAUCCCUCUUGAUUUCUGCCCAGCUGUGCUGAAGAGCUGAGUGAGCCUACCAGGCUAUCCUGCAGCUGCUGCCCUCUCUUUGGUCUGGCUUGAUUGACCUAACACUAGGUAAUGGUAGCUGUUAACAAAGGCUUUUAUUUUUGUAGAGGGCCUUUUAGAGAGUUGUUCUAAAGAACAGUGCCUGUAUGACUGUACCCUAGCAUUUGGUUUCAUCUGCUUUCAUAUUGUGAACUGUACCCUUGUUUUCAGAUCUAUUUAUGGAUUUAGAUAUGGGCAAGCAACAUUGUUUUCAGGUCACACAACUGCCAUAAGUUCAGUGCCACGGUGCAGCAAGGUUUAAUGGACUGAGUUGACAUUAUGUGUUGCAUAUGUUUACAUUAAUGUGAUUUGAUUUCACUUUGCAGAAAAUAAAUGCUGCCUGCACUUACUACAUCUAUUUUCCUUUCAGAAAAUUUAAAAGACUAAGAAUAAAACAGACCAAUAAAACCAAGACUAAGCCUAAA